AUGGAGAACAACAUGACCCCGCUGUCACAUACCGAUCGCGUGACCGCAUUCAACAAUCCUGGGUUCGAUUUGAGUCUGUUUGAAAUGUGGGCCACGCUGAUAGCCCGGGGGACUAUCGUGGUCCUGCCAAAGGGAGUCGCAACCGACCCAAGCCGUCUUCCUGCCUUCUUGACUGACACCCGAGCGAGCGUGAUGAUCAUCCCAACGGCCCUAUUCAAUGUUAUUGCGUCGACAGCCCCCAAUGCAUUUCGUGCUUUGCGCCAUGUGAUAACAGCUGGCGAGGCAGCGAAUCCACGAGCGCUGCGAUCUGUCCUGGAGAAGGAACCUCCAGGAAACCUGUGCAAUGGGUACGGUCCUACCGAGGGGACUACCCUGACGACGAUGUACAGGGUAACCUUGCCGGACUGCCUGGAAGACCGCAUCAGUAUUGGCCAGCCCAUUGGAAACGCAAUUUUUUAUCUGCUAGACGAUAACCUGGAGCCUAUCGAGGAAAGCGGCAUGCAUGGCGACGGGAUAAACCAGGAUUCUUGGACUACAUCGGCCGUCGCGAUACACAGGUCAAGCAUCAAGGUUUUCUAUAGAUCAGGCACAUACACUAAACCUCUUUCAGUAGUAACCAACCAGCGGUACUUUGUAACUAACUACUUGUAA